CACACACUUAAACACAAUACAUAAAAGCGCAAUCGCACUUCCCAACACUCUCUCAUACUCCGUACAAAUUCACACCCAACUCUCUCUCUCACACUUUUUUUUCUAUAUACAUUAUUAACAGGUCCUGGAGCUUUUUUUUUGGCUUUGCUCCGUUAACUUUCCAAAAAAUCACAAAGCGACGAGUAAAAGCGCGUGAAAUGUGCUGUAUUUGAGGAGCACUCGGAAUCGUCGUGGUGUUGUGUUCAUCAUCCACUUACUGUGUUACUGACUGUUUAGUACCAGAACUGAGCUGACACUUGCAGAUUUAUUACUGUGACCCGGUUCUCUCUGUCACAGAGUAAAUGAGUUUCGGGGUUGUUUGAUUCUGAAAUAAAGAAAAGAGUCUGGGAACUGUACUACCUGGUUGCUACUCUGUACUCUUUUCUUUCUUUCCGUGUUCGAAUUGGUAAAAAGUUUUUCUGGAUCUGAAUCCCCCUAGUCUUACCUGAUUCUGAAGCUUCAUUAUUUAUUUUUGAAGAAACUAGAGAAAAAGAGAAAUGGGUAAAACAACGACGAGCAGAGACUGGACUCAGAUCUACGCGAUCUACGGUAUAGACCAGUGGCAAACGCUACUUUUCCUACUCUUCCAUGCACUGCUCUUUACUAUUCUCUCAAUACUCUACUUAAUCUACUUCGACGCAAUGGGCGCUUUCUUCGAGUCGUUGUUUUCCGUCACCGGCGUAACUCUCCCAGGUGGCGCUGCCAGAUUCGCGGCCGGCUUCACCGGCUCCGUAACUGCUAUCUCCGCCGUGUGCCUCUUCUUCGCCGCCGCGAACUUCUUCUACUCGGCCGUCCCGCUCCACCACGACAUGGCGCUCCGGAUGGUCAGCGCGGUCAGCGACUGGUCAACGGUCAAACACGCCCUCGACCUGGGCUGCGGCCGCGGAAUCCUCCUGAACGCCGUGGCAACGCAGCUGAAAAAAGAAGGGAGUUCGGGUCGGGUCGUCGGGUUGGACCGGAACAAAACGACGACGUUGAAGACGCUACGCACCGCGAAGAUUGAGGGAGUGGGAGAGUACGUGACGUGCAGAGAAGGCGACGUCCGGAGCUUGCCGUUCGGCGAUAACUACUUCGACGUGGUGGUAUCGGGAGUGUUCGUGCACACGGUGGGGAAGGAGUACGGGAAGAGGACGGUGGAGGCGGCGGCGGAGAGAACCAGAGUGGUGGGUGAAGUGGUGAGAGUGCUGAAGCCAGGUGGGGUCGGAGUCGUGUGGGACCUACUUCACGUGCCGGAGUACGUGCGCCGACUCCAAGAGCUGAAAAUGGAGGACAUUCGGGUCUCCAAGCGGGUCACCGCUUUCAUGGUCAGUAGCCAUAUCGUUUCGUUUCGGAAGCCCAGUCAGCACAUCGUUGGCUCCGGCGAGGUCAGGCUCGAAUGGCGUUGCUGACGUGGCAUUGCCAAUUUUACAUACUUAUUACAUAUAUAAUUUUAUUAUAUGUCAUAUAUGAAUAUCCAUAUUAUACAUAUAAUAUCAAAGAGAGAGGAAGAUGCUGACAUGGAAAUUAUAUGCUAUGUUUGAAAAAAAAUGAAAGGAAAGAAGAGAAGUGAGGUUUAUUACAGAAGUAAAAAAAUAACGUAUGUUGAUACAGAAGUUUUAUGUUCUGGGGAGGCGAAGCUGACCUAGAUAGAUAUACUUUUUUUUUUUUAUAUGGGAGGUGAAAAUGUAGUUUGUUUUACCCUAUGUUACGGUUAUCAAUUUGAGAAUUGAUGCCUCUUGAAUUUGAAGUUUUGUAAAAAGUUAUUAUGGUAUAAUAUUAUUGAUAUGUAUAUUAACCUUU